AUGCAGCGCACUCUCCGCAAGAUCCCCAACCCGGGUCGUGAGGCCAGAAUGGCGCAGUUUCGCACUGCCCAGACUAUUCUCGCGGCUCCGGUCUCUCGCUCUCCCAAUCCAACUGCUUCUUCUUCUCUUUUUCGUUCUCAGGCGGUUUCGUCUAUUCAAGCUCGUUCUAUUGAACCCCAUCUUGUCUCUACCUCCUCUUUUGUCCGCCCCGCCUUCCUUGUUCGCAGGCAAGCACGUGAGCGGUCUUAUUUCCGCAGUGAACGUAUUGAGUCUGCAUACACUAGAUCCUCUUUUACUCCUUCUGUGCCCUGUCCUAAGCAUAUCAUCUCUCCCGGCUUCCGCACGCAGGGCCCUUCUGUCUCUGUCUGCCAGCCUGUUUCUCCGGUCCUGUGUUCCUCUCCUGUUGCUGUUUCCUCCACUUCUUCUGUUUCUGCUGUCCUCCCCACCCGCGUUAAAGUGACAGCCACUCCCAUUCGAGGUAUCCUUAAGUCUGCCGGUGAUGGUCGUGCAAAGGGUCGCAAGGUCUCUUUCACCGAUGACACCGUCUUCGACUGGGAUAUCAAGAACGAGGACCGAUCAUGUUACAUGCUGACAGGCCUCUUCACGGAAAGAUUCGUGAUCCCAGAUUUCCCGCCCAAAUCGCCACGCCAUUCCGUCUUCAAGGUGCUUCGCAACCGCGUCGUGCCUUGUGUCGAGAUUCCCGUCAAGGAUCGCCCUGCCAAUGCCAAGAAAGUUCGCGAGUCCAAUCUUGAGCUGCCCUCUAACACGGCUUUGCUGGUUAGUGCAGGCAUCAGCUUGUUGUGGAGCGCUAUUGGAUGGUGGAAGAAUGGGAUCUGGUAA